AUGGCACCUACCGUUCAAGGUGGAAGUUAUCCUACAAAUGCUGUAUUCACGCCUGUUCGAGAUGUCAAUUAUAGUAUUCAUCAAGGAAGAAGAAAACUUACCUUUAGAAAACAAUCAAGACAGGGUUCUUUUAUCCCCUUUCACUUUCAUGAUAAAUUGGAUAAACUCAUAAAAAACAAAACAAAAAUAGCAUUGAAGUUGAUUUUUAUUGAUCAAUCCGAAUUGUCUCAUAGGGUCUAUAAUUUCCUCAAAAGGUCCAAUAUCUAUACAUUAUUCGACCUUUUAAAUAAGAGUGAAGUAGAUCUUCUGAGAAUUGAAUAUUUUCGCCCAGAAGAUUUAUACGAGGUACUGGACAGUCUAGAAAAACAUUUCUCAAUUGAUUUAUCAAAAAAGAAGUUUUAA